AUGUGGGCGGAGUGCAGCAUUCCCUCUGAAAGUGCUUGUGAGUUUGUGGCCAUGACUGGAAGAGGAGGAAAGGGCGGUGGGAAAGGUCGCUCCAAGGCGAAGUCUCGGUCGUCCCGGGCUGGCCUGCAGUUCCCGGUGGGCCGUGUUCACAGGCUCAUGAGAAAGGGUAACUAUGCUGAACGCGUGGGUGCCGGAGCGCCGUUCUAUCUGGUUGCGGUGCUGGAGUAUCUGACGGCUGAAAUCCUGGAGCUGGCCGGCAACGCGGCCCGGGACAACAAGAAGACCCGUAUCAUCCCCAGGCACCUGUCGCUGGCCGUGCGCAACGACGAGGAGCUCAAAAAGCUGCUGGGAGCGGUGACCAUCGCUCAGGGCGGGGUGCUGCCUAAUAUCCAGGCCGUGCUGCUGCCCAAGAAAACCGCCGCUGGGGGCGCCGCUAAAAAGUGA